CAGACGCCUGAGAGACGUAGCAGAGAGGAGCACCUGCCGGGAGAAUCUGGUCCUCGCCAGCCACUCGUCGGGUCUGGGUAUAGUGUUUGUUACACACGGGGGUCUGGCUGGCCCUCCGCCAACAUGGACUAGUUGUUGAAAGGUAACCUGGCUGUUUCACUGCAAUGCUAUAGCUGCGAUAGCAGAAGCGUGGUGUGGCAUCUUCUGUGCGAUUUGACUCCUCUGCAGACGGGUGGACAGACGGUCGGCGAUGAAUUCCCUGGAAAAGUCCCCCUCAGCCUGGCACAAGCCUGGGCACUCCCGCAGCAGCAGCACGGCCUCCUCCAGGCACACCCGGCAGAACUCCAGGGACUGGGAGGUGAUGGAGGACAUCCACAACGAGGACAGCGGGGUGAGGACGGUGCGGGACGUGGCGCAGCCUGGCAAUUAUGAGGGGUACCUGAUGAAGAAGAGGAAGUGGCCCCUGAACGGCUGGCACAAGAGGUACUUUGUUCUGGAUAGAGGGAUUCUGAAAUACGCCAAGUCCGAGCAAGAUAUUAUAAAGGGCAAGAUCCACGGUUCUAUCGAUGUCAGUCUGGCAGUCAUGUCCAUCAACAAGAAGUCCAAACGCAUUGAUCUGGACGCAGGAUACAGCUUGUAUCACAUGAAGGCCAAGAGGCCCGAGGUCUUCUACAUCUGGGUGACCAAGCUGUGUGCGCACCGUGUCUUCAAGAAGAACGAGGCGGUGCGUCUCCACGCGGACGUCCUCGCCGCGCUCUCGAACGGCAACGCGCCCCUGCCCAGCAUGGCUAGCCUGGCACAGAGCAAUGGAAGUGUCCCAGGCAGGCCACUCCACCCUCAGUACCAGGCCCACGCGGCACGGAUCCAGCAGGGGGUGAAUUCUGUGCCCCCUGGCGUGGACUUGAAAGUCAGCACCUGGCUGCAGCAGGCUCAGGACCCUGAAUGCUGCUCUCAAGAGCUGGCCCAGUGUCAGGCGGACCUUGCACAGCUGAGCCAGCUGAUCCAGAAGCUGGAGUCCCUGCCACAGUCCCAGCCCAUCUUUGAAAACAAUCACCGCACAGCUGGCAGCCAGUACAACACGCUGGAGAAGGUCAGGAAAAAAUCCACCAAGAUCUUGGGAAAUUCCCGAAGCCUUUCCAGAGUGGAAGCCCUGAACAUGUAUCCCAGUGACCGUCUCAAUGCCUCGGUGCCCAGCAUUCCAGACUUCGUCCGCUCCCAGGCCCCUGCCUCUCUUCCCUACCCCCAGAGCACCAAGCUCCAGCGGGAGGUCUGCGCCCUCUCCUAUCGAGUCCACGCCUCCCUGAAGAACAUCUUUGGGAUGUUGAGCGUGGAGCGCGAGAGGCUGCAACAGGCCUGGACCGGCCCGGAUCUCCACCAGUCCACCUCUGCCCAGCUGGCCACGCUGUGCACCACGCUGUCCGAGCUGGAGAUGCAGUCUCGCCUGACCCGAGUCCACUCCCUGUCCCUGUCCUCCGAUUCCACAGAGGAGUCUUUCCGGACCGUGAACCAGCCGCCCCCGUCCGUGGCGGGUCAGAGGAUGUCCGUCGCCAGCACGCCCUCCAUCUCCGAGUCCUGCGCCGAGUACUUUGACGCCAGCGACGUCGUCGUGUGCGGCAGCUCCUCGGAGAACGAGGCCUCGGACGACUCCUGCCUGAGCGACGUCACCACCAGCAACUCGGAUCCCGAGGAAGGCCACAUCACUCGGAACUACAGAGCCAGCCUCUCCGGCGCCAGCGUUGUGGCCACCAAGUUUGCCGCCAAAGUCGCCGGCCGCCGUACCUCCUUGCCCGCUCCCUGUCCCAGCAACAGCCAUGUGGGCCUGUGGAACAUCCUGUACAACAACAUCGGGAAGGACCUGUCGCGGGUGUCCAUGCCGGUGGUGCUGAACGAGCCGCUGUGCUUCCUGCAGCGGCUGUGCGAGGAGCUGGAGUACAGCGAGCUGCUGGACACGGCCAACCGCACCGACGACCCCUAUGAGAGGAUGGUGUACGUUGCGGCCUUCGCCAUCUCGGCCUAUUUCUUCGGUCGCCACCGCAACCGCUACAAGCCCUUCAACCCCGUCCUGGGCGAGACGUACGAGUGCGUCCGUGACGACAAGGGCUUCCGCUACGUCAGCGAGCAGGUCAGUCACCAUCCUCCCAUCUCUGCCUGCCAUGCCGAGUCUGAGAACUUCACUUUCUGGCAGGAUCAGCGAUGGAAGAACAAGUUCUGGGGCAAAUCGGUGGAAGUCAUUCCUGUGGGAAUGGUGAACGUGACGCUCCCAAGGUAUGGCGACCAUUACGAGUGGAACAAGGUGACGACCUGCAUCCACAACAUCCUGAGCCAGCAGCGCUGGCUGGAGCACUACGGGGAGAUCCUCAUCCGCAACACGCAGAGCAACGUCUGCACCUGCAAGAUCACCUUCGUCAAGUCACGUUACUGGAGCCCCGAGAUCAACGAGGUGCAGGGCAGCGUGCUGGACGCGGCUGGCAACGUCGUCCACCGCUUCGGCGGGCUCUGGCACGAGGGCAUCAUCUGCGACACCCUGCCCACGCCCCAGUGCGUCUGGAAGCCAUACCCUGUGCCUGCAGACUACUUCCAGUGUUACGGUUUUUCCCAGUAUGCACGGGAGCUGAAUGAGCUGACCCCAGAUCUUAGACCACUACUGCCCCCUACUGACACUCGUUUUCGGCCUGACCAGAGGCUGCUGGAAGAGGGCAAGGUGGACGAGGCCGAGAAGAAGAAGGACCAGGUGGAGCAGGUGCAGAGGGACCGGAGGAAGGUGAUGGAGAAGAGGGGAGAGGCUCACAUCCCACGCUUCUUCAGGAAGUCGGUGGACAGCAGCGGGAAGGAGGUCUGGAUAAGCAAUGGAACGUACUGGAAAAUCCGUCAGGAGCCUGGGUUCGCGCACACGGACAAUCUGGACCUGUGGUGAAACAAGCCGCCGGCAGGGAGCGGUCCAGACUGAACCCCGGACCACUUGAGGGCCCUGCAGAGACCCUUGUAUUAUAGGAAUAUUUAAAAAAGAAUCACAUUUGUAAGGAUGUGGCUUUCCUUGUGUAGAAAUAGUCUUUUUUUUGGGGGGGGAGGGGUUAAGGAAUCAGAUUUUCUCCUGCUGCACUGAUGAAGAGCUCUGGACCUCCUCGGAGCAGGAAGAGUGCGACCCUGUCCUACCUCCCCGCUCCUUUCCCGGGGGAGAAAUGAAAGAUCCUCUUGGUUCUUGGAUCUUCCCGGAUUUUCCCCUCCAACAUCUGCCUUUCUGAUGCUGCUCAGGUGCCGACAUCGGACAAGGAGAAAUUCCCAUGAUGCCCGAGCCAGGCGCGCCACUCGGCGAUCUUGAGCAGAGCAGGGUGUCUCGGGAUUUGGGGGGUGUGGGAGAUGUGGGGGGGGCCCGUUUCUCAUGGCUCAAGUCAUCUGCCAACUGCCCUAGCUAUUCCAGCCAUGAUGGUGCAUUGAUAAGACAAACUGGACAUGUCUGUACCUUUUAAAAAGCAAUUUUAGUAGGGUUUUUACAUAGGGAGCGUUUUAAGAUUACUGGUAGCAACGCCUU